UCAACGCAAGUGUCAGAAGUCAGUCAACUUAACUCGUAAUAAAUUAUUGGCCGUUUUUAUCAGAACUAUGAGGACCGUUCACGUCCUUCUGAAUGGUAAAGUAAAUGGCAAGUCAGUCUCAUGAAGGACAACCAAAAGAAAUCCAAAUAAAAAGCUUCGCAGCCUGGCCUCACCACCAUGACGUCAACAGGCAACCAGUACUUUAUUGUCACUGAAGCGCCUAAAUCCACCGGACACUGUAACACCGGCAGCAUAUGUUACAUUCCUGACUACCAAGAUGGAUUAAAGCAUCCAGCAUUUGACUUUCCUGCAAAGCUGCAAGUCUUCUUACUGGGUUCCCUUACAACAUUAUGCUAUGAGAUAGACAGGAGAUGUUUGGAAGAACUGAGUCCAGACGAAGCCGGCCUGCUUCUGGCCCUCACUGACGACGCUGAGCGGCUGAAGUGGUUCAAAGAGAAGAACGCUCUCUUCAGUGCACUGACGCUGUCUGAGGGUGCCGAGGUGGUUGUGGAACUGGGAAACGAGAAGUUGAACGGCAUCGUGCGCUAUAUUGGGAACCUGACGCGACCAGCGCGUACAGCGGAGCCUUUACAGGGAAUAUUCCUUGGAGUUGAACUGCAGGGAGAUGACAAGGGCAAGGGGGACACAGAUGGCUCCUUCCAACAUGAGACCCUCUUCACUUGUGACAAAAACUGUGGCCUAUUUGCCCCUUUUUCCAGAGUCCAGCCAUCGCUUUCCAAACCCUUUACACCAUCUGUCAAGGAUCCUUGUUCACCCCCAGGAACAGAGCAGCCAGUCCCAGGCGACAGAGUCACAUACUUCAUUGAGGACUACUGUCUCCAUGGAAUGGUGGUGAAUGUCCACGAGAAGGAUGGCAAAGGCUUUGUGUUGAUCUCUACAGACAGUGAUGCUACUGGGAAGACGGGUGAAGUUGAGGUCCCGCUUCAGUUUGUUGUUAAAGAGUCAGUGCUGACAGACACUGACCCCCCUGCAGUGGAACAAAAAUGUGACUUGGGUCUCAGUGUCAAUUCACUGGUGGAGGUGUCUCUGGGUAGCGGCAGCGCAUACGGAAUCAUCCGUUGGAUCGGCACCCUUCCUGGUCGGCAGGAGUUAAUGGCAGGACUCGAGCUGGAGGAGGACGUAGGACUCAGUGAUGGUACCUUCAAAACUGUGUCUUUCUUCCGGUGUCCUCCUGGGAGAGCUCUGUUUGUGAAGUUGAGUUCUUGCCGUCCUGACGCACGGUUCCUGAGCGACCAUGACAAAAAUAUGUCACCCAAUCAUGCUGUCACAGUUUCAGACAGAGAAGGACGGCAGAGUGUUGGAAAAAUGGAGCCCAUACCUCCCAUCAGCACAGAUAAAGUCCACCAAAUUCUGAUUGGGCGAAUGAAGGGCAUCCAAGGACACCAUAACUCCUGCUACAUGGAUUCUGCCCUCUUCAGUUUGUUCUCCUGCUCGUCCGUGUUGGAUUCCAUGUUGUUUAAGUCAACGCAACCGGAAGAUGCCGCCAUUCAGACAACGCUGCUCCACGACAUUGUCAGCCCCCUCCGCAGUGAGGGCUUUGUGGAAGGUCGGCAUGUCAUGAAGCUCAGGCAGCAGCUACAGAAGCAUGGCUACAGUCACUCCUUCACCACAGACGAGAAGGACCCAGAGGAGUUUCUCACUGUCAUCAUGCACCACAUUCUCGCACUGGAGCCUCUUUUGAAAUUGUCAGCUGGUGGCAAAGUGCAAGAGAGUUACUGCUAUCAGAUCUUCCUGGAGCAGAACCACAGCCUGGUGCUGCCCACGGUGCAGCAGUUACUGGAGCAUUCCUUUCACAGUGCUGGACUCAAACUGGCAGAGGUGCCACCCUGCCUCAUUCUUCAGAUGCCUCGCUUUGGGAAAAAAUUCAAGAUGUUUGACAAAAUUAUUCCCUCCUUGGAGUUAGACAUCACGAACCUCCUGUCUGAAGGUCCGCAGCAGUGCAUACUUUGCGGAAACCUGGCCCAAGAAGAAUGCCUUCGCUGUUUCGAAGAGCCUGUUUUCAGCCAGACAGGAUGCAAAAUCUUCUGCAGCACAUGUUCUGCUCAGGUCCAUUCUCAUCCUCAGCGCCGCAGCCAUCAACCAGCAGCUCUGGGCAUUCCCAAGGGUUACGUGCAGCAGGUUGCACCGUCCAGUCUGACCAGAGACAUAAUGGAGCUGUUCGCUGUGCUGUGCAUAGAGACAAGCCACUACGUCUCCUUCCUCAAAUACGGACCAAACAGUAAAGACUGGCUCUUCUUUGACAGCAUGGCCGACAGAAGCGGAGGGACAGAUGGCUUCAACAUCCCAGAGGUGCGAGCAUGCCCUGAGGUUGGCAUGUACCUGGAUAUGUCCCCAGCAGAGCUGGCCAAUCAGGUGCCUCGGGACAUGAGGGGUGUGGCUAAGCGUCUCUUUUGUGAUGCUUACAUGUACCUGUACCAGAGUACCAGCAUGGGUCUCUAUCACUGAGGAGAAACCGCCUGCGUAUGUGUAAUGAUCGUUUGUGUUUUGCUUCAUUCAUUCAGUCAAACCAUGUUUUGUGACACUGACAAAUAUUAUCUCAGAUAAUAAAUGCUG